AUGAUAAAUCUUAUUGCCAAAAAUAAAUUGCCUCAUUUUUUAUUAUUUAUUUUAAUAAUAAUUAUUCCAUUAAUCUCUUCGGGUCGAAUUCUUCUACUUGUCGAUAAUCUUUAUAUUAAGGAAACGCAUUCAAUAUUUAUUAAAUCUCUUGAGGAUCGUGGGCAUAUAUUAACGAUAAAAGCAGCUGAUGAUCAAACGUUAUCAUUAUCAAAAUAUGGCGAAAGCCUUUAUGAUCAUCUUAUCAUUUUUGCUCCUGGUGUUGAUGAAUUCGGUGGAAGCAUAAAUGUUCGUGAAAUAGUGUCAUUUAUUGAUAAUGGUGGAAAUGUGCUAAUAACAGCAGGUAAUCGUGUUGGUGAUGCACUUCGUGAUCUUGCCGCAGAAAAUGGUUUUGAAUUUGAUGAAGAUGGAACAAGUGUUAUUGAUCAUCUUAAUUACGAUGUUGCUUUGGAUGAGGGUGAUCAUACGACCAUUGUAGCAGAACCUUCUCAACUAAUUGCUGCACCAUUAAUUGUUGGAGAAGGCAAACAACAUGCUCCUAUCCUGUUUCGUGGAGCGGCGCUUGUUACUGACAAAUCAAACCGUUUACGUCUUGAAUUACUUACAGCUUCUACUACGGCUUAUUCUUUUAAUCCGCAAAGCAAAAUAGAGGAGUAUCCGUCUGCUGUCGGUAAGUCAACAAUAUUGGUUGGUGCAUUACAAGCUCGAAAUAAUGCUCGUGUUGUUUUAACUGGUUCUUUGGCUAUGUUUAGUGAUACUUUUAUAAACGCGAAUAUUAAGAAAGUUGCUACAACAGAAUCAGUAAAAAGUGGAAACCUUUAUUUUAUCACUGAAUUAAGUAAAUGGGUUUUCAUGGAGAAAGGUGUACUGCGUGUAAAAUCUGUCAGUCAUCAUAAGAUUAAUCAAAAAAGUCCUCCUCGGGAAUAUACAAUUAUGGAUGAAGUAGAAUAUUCGAUCGAAAUAGAAGAGUUAAAAGGUGGUAAAUGGGUGCCGUUCAAAGCGAAUGAUGUGCAGUUGGAGUUUGUUCGCAUUGAUCCAUUUGUGCGAAUAAAUUUGAAGGAGAAUAAUGGAAAACUUAGUGCUCGCUUUAAAUUACCUGAUGUCUAUGGAGUUUUUAAAUUUUUUGUUGAUUAUCGACGUAUUGGUUUCACUCAUCUUGUUGAUGUACAACAGGUAUCGGUACGCCCACUGCAACAUACAGAAUAUGAAAGAUUUAUUCGUAGUGCAUAUCCGUAUUAUUUUUCUGUAUUUUCAAUGAUGGUUGGUGUUUCCCUUUUUUCAUGUGUGUUUUUGUACCACAAAGAAUUGCCAAAAGAAUAUAAGAGCGCCUGA